GUGCUGGGUGCACUUUCUCCAGCGAAUCUCCGGUGCAGCCGAGUGACUCUCGGUGACCUUUUCUUUUAACCUUCCAAACUUUGUGCUUGCGAACCCUCCCUCCCAGAGUUUGUCCUCAACACCGUCUCUCAUGGCAAGCAAACGCAUAGUUAUGUUUCCAUACCUGGCCCAGGGCCAUAUCAUUCCGUUCCUAGCCUUGGCAAAGCUCGUAGAGCAAAGAAACCCAAGCUACACCAUCACUAUUGUAAGCACUCCGCUCAACAUCCAAAACAUCAGGUCCAGCCUCCCCCCCAACUCCAACAUCCUUCUCAACGAUCUCCCCUUCUGCAGCUCUGAUCAUGGCCUUCCCCCAAACACCGAGAACACGGACUCCGUGCCUCACCACCAAAUAUCCAAGCUGAACGCUGCCUCCGGGACACUCCAACCCCACUUCGAGCGCUUCAUCUCCGACGUAAUCCAGAAGGACGGCCAUCCACCUCUCUGCAUAAUCUCCGACGUCAUGGUUGCAUGGACCGUCGGCAUCGCCAAGAAGCUUGGGAUCUUCCAUGUCGCGUUCACCACCUGUGGAGCCUACGGCACGGCGGCCUACAUGUCUCUCUAUCUGCAUCUGCCUCACAGGCAUACCGACUCCUCGGAGAUCAGGUUGCCGGGUUUCCCGGAAACUUUCCGACUGCACCGCUCUCAGAUGCCGGAAUACUUGAGGGUAGCUGAUGGCACCGAGCCAUGGGCCACCUUCCUUCGAAGAAACACGCAAUUCUCUCUGCAAUCGGGUGCUAUGAUAUGCAACACUGUCGAGGCUCUGGAAUUACUGGGAAUUCAGGCGCUCCGGAAUCUCACCGGCUUAAAUGUGUUGGCCAUUGGGCCUCUCUUCCCCCUCGAAGCGAGUACUUCAUCCGACCAGAGAUAUGGGAAGAAGCCCGGAAUCCAGUUGGAGGCUUGUUUAGAAUGGUUGGAUUCUCACCCUCCAGGUUCGGUGGUCUACACAUCAUUUGGCUCUCAGAGCACCAUCACUGCUUCGCAGAUGAUGGCACUGGCAAGGGGAUUGGAGGCGAGCAACAAACCAUUUCUCUGGCUCGUUAGGCCACCAGCUGGAUUUGACUUGAAUGAAGAUUUCAGAGACGAAUGGCUGCCGGAGGGAUUCGAGGUCAGGAUGAGCAAGAAUAGGCAGGGGCUCUUGGUGAGGAAAUGGGCUCCCCAGCUUGAAAUAUUAUCGCAUAAGUCGACCGGUGCAUUUCUUAGCCACUGUGGAUGGAAUUCCUCACUGGAGAGCUUGAGCCGAGGAGUGCCUGUGAUUGGGUGGCCACUGAUGGCGGAUCAAUUCUAUAACUUUAAAAUGCUUGAUGAGGAAUUGGGUGUUUGUGCGGAGCUUGCGAGAGGUGCGGAGGAUCCCUUGGAGUAUACGCGUGUGGAGAGGGUCAUCAGACUGGUGUUGGAUGAGGAGAAAGGAAAGGAGAUGAAGGAGAAAGCAAUUAAAUAUGCUGAGAUGAUCCGGGCUGCUGUGAAGGAGGAGGGAGAUGAGAAAGGUUCUUCACUCCGGGUGCUCGACGAUUUUAUCAGAGGCAUGGAAGAAGCAUCGCCAGGUUCUAAACAUCGCGUCACUGGACCCUGCCACCCUAACCCUCUGGUACUGUAUGCCCUGAUGGCUUCUAACAAAGAAAUCCAGCCAAUGGUAAGGGUGAUAGCCGUCGUGGUGGUGCCCUUACCGGCCCAAGGCCACCUCAACCAGCUCCUCCAUCUCUCCCGCCUCCUCGCGGCCCGCCGCAUCCCCGUCCACUACGUCGGCUCAGCCUCGCACAACCGCCAAGCCCGGGAGCGCGCCCUCGGCUGGCCGCCGGAGACCCCCGCCCACCACCCCAUCCGCUUCCACGACUUCUUUCUCCCCCCCUUCCCUUCCCCUCCCGCCUCCACCCACGCCCCCCUCGCUCACCUCCUUCCUCUCUUCGAUGCCGCAGCCCUCCACUUCCGCUACCCCCUCGCUGCCCUCCUCCGAUCCCUCACCACCAACUCCCGCCGCGUCGUUCUCAUCCAUGACUCCACCAUGGCCUUCGCUGCCAGCGUCGCCGCCUCCGUCCCCCACGUCGAGGCCUUCUCCUUCCACAGUGUCUCCGCCUUCGCCCUCCUGUUGUUUUACUGCGAGUCUCGUCGCAAAUACCCCGACGACCCCUCCAUCGCCAAACUGAACCUCCCCCACAUACCCAACAACGCGUGCUUCACCCAACAGUUCUUGGAUUUCCUCCGCCGCCAGCAUGAAUCGACCGCCGCUGACUCUGGUCGCCUCUUCAACACCUGUCGUGGAAUCGAAGGAAGAUUUAUCGACCUGCUAGCACGAGAGCCGGAGUGGCGAAACCAGAAAACCUUCGCCAUCGGCCCAUUGAAUCCGGUAUCCAUCACCAAGAUGACCGGUUACGGCACCCGCCAUCCCUGUCUGGAUUGGCUGGACAGGCAGCCGCCGGCGUCGGUCAUGUACGUGUCGUUCGGGACAACGUCGGCGCUAUCCGACGAGCAACUCCUCGAGUUGGCAUGGGGCCUCGAGGCCAGCCGGCAGCGCUUCAUCUGGGUGCUCCGGGAUGCCGACAGGGCCGACAUUUACACGGAGGAAGGCGCAGAGGGGAAGCAGAAGGCGAAGAAGCGCCGAGAGGAGUGGCUGGGACGCCUGGACUACGACCGGAGGGUGGAGCGGGUAGGGAGGUUGGUAGAGUGGGCCCCGCAGCUGGAGAUCCUGGCCCACCCCUCGACAGGGGGUUUCAUGAGCCACUGCGGGUGGAAUUCGUGCAUGGAGAGCAUGAGCAUGGGGGUCCCGCUGCUGACGUGGCCCAUGCACUCGGACCAGCCCAGGAACGCGCUUCUUGUGACCCGCGUCCUCCGGGUGGGUAUCACGGCGAGGGACUGGGCCAGGAGGAACGAAGUCGUGCCGGCGGCGGAGAUAAGGGAUUCGAUCGUGAGGCUGAUGGUGAGCGAGGAAGGGAAGGAGGUGAGGGUCAGAGCGAAGGCCGUAGGUGGUGUAGUCCGGCACGCCACCACGGAAGGUGGCACCUCCCGGGCUGAUUUCGAUGCCUUCAUCACCCAUAUUACCCAGUGAAAGAAAUCGAGUAUACCCGGGUUGGUGGCCUGCCAUGGCUCCACGUAUUAUUUCUUCGGGAAACCUAACCUCCAGUCCUUUGUCUGAUCAUCAUCUUAAGUUUAGUCAUUCGUAUGUUAUGUGUAAUGCUGGCAUGCAAUUAUUUUUUGUUUCUGUAUGGUUAUAUUUGUUUUGUAUAUA